GCGGCCUUAAGAGCGGCGGCAGCCCCGGCGGUCUCAGUCGGCGAGUCAGCCGGCUUGGAGGCGCGGUCCGACGCUCGAGCGGCGACGACGGCCAUGGCUGCCGAGGAGGAGGAGGUGGACUCGCCGGACACCUGUGAGAGGUCAGGAUGGCUAACUGGUUGGCUUCCUACCUGGUGCCCUACGUCUACAUCACACCUUAAAGAAGCUGAAGAGAAAAUUUUAAAAUGUGUCCCCUGCACAUACAAAAAAGAACCUGUUCGUAUAUCUAAUGGAAAUAAAAUAUGGACAUUGAAGUUCUCUCAUAAUAUUCCAAGUAAGACUCCUCUUGUCCUCCUCCAUGGUUUUGGAGGAGGUCUCGGACUCUGGGCACUGAAUUAUGAGGAUCUUUGCACCGACAGACCCGUCUAUGCUUUUGACCUGUUGGGCUUUGGACGAAGCAGCAGGCCCAGGUUUGGCAGUGAUGCGGAAGAAGUGGAAAAUCAGUUUGUGGAAUCCAUUGAAGAGUGGAGAUGUGCUCUGGGAUUGGACAAAAUGGUCUUGCUUGGACACAACCUGGGUGGGUUCUUGGCUGCUGCUUACUCACUGAAGUACCCUUCGAGGGUUAGUCAUCUCAUUUUAGUGGAGCCUUGGGGUUUUCCUGAGCGACCUGACCUUGCCGAUCAAGACAGACCAAUCCCAGUGUGGAUCAGAGCCCUGGGAGCAGCACUGACUCCCUUUAACCCUUUGGCCGGCCUCAGGAUUGCAGGCCCCUUUGGCUUAAGUCUAGUGCAGCGCUUAAGGCCUGAUUUCAAACGGAAGUACUCCUCCAUGUUUGAAGAUGACACUGUGACAGAGUACAUCUACCACUGUAAUGUGCAGACUCCAAGUGGUGAGACAGCGUUCAAAAACAUGACUAUCCCGUAUGGCUGGGCGAAGAGGCCGAUGCUGCAGCGGAUUGGCAAGAUGCACCCUGACGUUCCGGUUUCGGUCAUCUAUGGCGCCCGGUCCUGCAUAGACGGCAAUUCAGGCACCAGCAUCCAGUCUCUGCGACCGCACUCCUACGUGAAGACGAUAGUAAGCGUGUGGUGGCGUUUGUUCUUUGCGGGGUCAGUGAGGCCUGCCGUUCUGUGUUUGCCUCCGGGGAGAUUUCACAUCAUCCCC